CUCCACCAAAAAGUCGCUGGUCGCGAUAAGAAAGUGUUUGCGCGGUUUGCACCCCCGAGCGGCGCCAUUGCCAAUCGGCGGCGCAUUUCUAUUUCUACCAGCCUCGAUCUUGCAACUCGCAUGGACUUCGUACGCAGAUUUGGGCUGCUGUCGAUUGGGCGGCCGCGGAGGCCUCCAGGAAGAUUUACACCAUCACAUUACCUGCGACAUGUGCGUUUCAAUUCAGGGGCACCAUCGCCAUUACCUGGGUCGAGCAGUAUUGUCUUGCGCGACUAUCAGGAGGAAUGCAUACAGUCAGUAAUUGAAUACUUGGACAAAGGACAUCGAAGGCUAGGGAUUUCACUGGCUACUGGUGCCGGAAAAACUGUCAUUUUCACGCAGCUCAUUAACAGAAUACCACCACGUGAUGCAAGGGCAACCAAAACUAUGAUCAUUGUUCACCGACGUGAACUGGUUGAGCAAGCUGCGAGGCAUUGCCGCCUUGCUUACCCCGACCUGUCUGUGGAGAUCGAGAUGGGAAAUAAUAAAGCCACGGGUCAUGGGGAUAUCAUCAUCGCCUCGGUGCAGACACUUGCUCGUGGGCGCAUUGGGAAGUUUGACCCUGCUGAUUAUAAGCUCAUCUUGGUGGAUGAAGCGCAUCACAUUGUUGCGCGGUCUUAUCUGGAUGCCCUGGCUCACUUCGGGUUGAGUGAGCCUUCCCCCAAUGCUCCUGUAUUGGUCGGUGUCUCGGCGACAUUUUCACGAUUUGACGGUCUCAAGCUGGGAGCCGCAAUUGACCAUAUUGUCUACCACAAGGACUAUGUGGAUAUGAUCGAAGAUAACUGGUUGGCUGAUGCGGUGUUUACCACCGUCAAAUCUGGUGCCAAUCUCUCCAAAGUUAAGAAGGACAGCUUCGGGGAUUUCGCCCUCGGGUCACUGUCAAAGGCGGUUAAUAAUGCGAACACGAAUAAUAUCACUGUGCGCGCUUGGAUGGCGAAUGCCGAGGAUCGAAAAUCGACACUUGUAUUUUGCGUGGAUAUCGAACAUACACAACAGCUUACUGCGACCUUUCGCGAGCAGGGCAUUGAUGCGCGAUACAUUACUUCCAACACCCACAAAAACGUCCGCGCGGAGCAAAUAGAGGCUUUCAAAAACCAAGAAUUUUCAGUGCUCUUGAACUGUGGUCUUUUCACAGAGGGUACUGAUAUCCCAAAUAUCGACUGCGUUGUUAUGGCACGACCAACUCGGUCUCGUAACCUCCUCAUUCAGAUGAUAGGGCGAGGACUACGCUUAUUCCCUGGCAAGAAAAACUGUCAUGUAAUUGACAUGGUAGCAUCCUUGGAAACAGGAGUUCUAUCAACCCCAACCCUAUUUGGCCUUGAUCCAAAUGAGGUUUUCGACAACACCACCGCAAAAGAAAUACGAGAAAGCAAGCAAGAAGAGAGCCCACUGGAGUCAUCUACACUCGUGGAAAAUGAUGUCGACGAGGACGUGCAAUUGCAGUUCACCAAAUACGACAGCAUCUACGAUCUUCUCGGUGACACACGAUACGAAAAGCAUAUCAGGUCAUUAAGCAGAUACUCAUGGGUGCGUGUCAGUGAAGAUAAGUAUAUACUCUCGGAUUCAAGUGGGUGGUUAGCUCUUGAGAGAGAAAAGGGAACAGACGGGUUCGCCGUGCGUCAUGUCAUGAAAUUCAAGGACCCCGUCACGGAGAAACCGUCAUUCACCAAGCCACGACACAUCGCCUCCGGGCCGGAUUUGGAGACGGCUGUACGCGCAGGUGACACAUUCGCCAGCAGUAAAUUCGAAGAGCACUACAUUUCUUCCGGGAAGGCGUGGCGGCAGAAUCCAGCGACAAGCUCUCAAAUUCAAAUGCUGAACAGAGCUCGCAUUCGAACAGAAAAAGUCAGCCAGGAAGGACUAACUCGUGGCCAGGCGGCUGACAUGAUCACGAAGUUGAAGUUUGGAGGCAAGAAGAGAUACGAAACGAUGCUGACACACCGGCGGAAGACUCAGCAAAAGGAAGAGGAGAUUGCAGAACUGCGAAGGAGAACUGAUGUCAAGGUUGGACCUCUGGUAGGAUAG